UCUCAUUAGAUCUGUAAUGACUUAAGCUAGUCCCGCCUGGGAGUUCGCGGCAGAUACCCAUUUAAUCUAACAAGGUUCUCCACACCAUUGGCAAUUUUCCAAGGAGCACACGCGGUUCGCGAUUUAUAUAUGGCUUUCAAAAUUCUGUAUGUGUAUGAUUAUUUAAUAAGAUUAUGCUAGCAACAAGCAGAAGUCAUACAAAUCAUGAUACUGAAAAUGUUCGCAACAUUGGAAAAGGUGAAACCCGGCACAGACUAUAUAAGAGGCUUAAACUUGGAGGCAGUCAAGCAUACGAGCAUUCAAGUGCCUUGACUGCCAUUGUAGAGGAAGGUACCAGAAAUGGGGCAUAAUCUGCUGUACUGAGCCUGGACUGACAGAGGUCUUGUAUAGUAUAUUGUACAUAGGAUUAGCCGGCCUACCCGCCACUAGCAACGGCCAGCUCACUACUCACUACUGCAAGAGCUUCAGCCGGCAUUCCACUGGCUCACAAUCUCCAGCUCCAGCCUGCUACGAGGAAGAACGCCGAAAAUAACGCUGGCUGACCCGCUGCGACGAGAGCUUCACCCGGCAUUCAGUAGAUGUGCCCAGCUUCCGAUAAACGGCCCUUUACGGGGACAACUUCGCCAUCACCAACUCAGGCUAGUCCGCUGUGAAGGGAGUUUUCGCCAGCAUUACUAAGAAUUUUCAGAAGAAAGAGAUGUACAGAAGAAGCAACUCCAUGGUCUACAUACACCAAUUAACUCAAAGGAUGUGACAUCACCAUCACUCUUGUCAUCUUCAUUGUCAUCAUCAUUGUCAUCAUCCCUAGCGACUACUAUGCUUCAGAACAUGUCCACUCCAGAGGGAGGAGAGGAGCCUGCAAAAGUAAUCCCACAACAGAACUUGAAUUUCCAAAAACUGCUAGCUGGAAAUUAUAUCCUUGACAUAUUAUCAUUAUUAAAACAUAAAAUAAAUGACAGAACAAUCUGUAAUGCAUGUCUUUUACUGUCUGGUGUUCUGAUACAGUAUGGGAAAAACUACACACCACAGGAUCUUCGUGAACUUUUAUGUACAAUUUGUGUUGAUUUCCAAAUUCAAAAUGAAGAAGUAUGUGUUGGUCUUAUUGACAUAUAUCUGGACACCGUAAUCUACAUACUCAGCAACACAAAAGGACUGACCUCUAGCCGAAUCUGUGGAAUCAUAUUUCAAGAAUAUGGGUGUUCUCAAGAUGAUGAAAAUCUUGAAUGGACUGUGGAUGUAGAUUUUGGAUCCAAACCAAAAUCCAACAGGAAUUAUAACCGGAUAGACGUAAAAAAUGCUGAGGUUCUGACCAUCAUCCAAAUAACAGACAUCCACUAUGAUCCCAUGUACAUGCCAAAUGGGAAUGCAGAAUGUGGUGAACCAAUGUGCUGUAGACGCACUCAAGGCAAACCAGGAAAUCCUGACACAGCAGCUGGAUAUUGGGGCGACUAUAGGAGCUGUGACAUACCAUGGCAAGCUGUUCAAAAUACACUACAUCAAAUUAAGGGAAAUCAUGAGAAAAUUGAUUACAUCUACAUGACUGGAGAUAUUGUGGACCAUGGAAUAUGGGAUACAAGUAUUAAAAAAAACACUGAAUCAAUAAAGAAUUUACUCACAGUAUUAAAAACAGAGUUUCCUAAUACACCAGUAUAUCCAGUUCUGGGAAAUCAUGAAUCAUCUCCUGUAAACUUGUUUGCACCACAUAAUAUUGACAACAAGAAAGUUUCAACAAAUUGGUUAUAUGAACUGUCAGCAGAACUGUGGACUUAUUGGCUGCCACCAGAAACCAAAGAAACUAUUUUACAAGGAGGGUUCUAUACUGUGCUAGUGCGGCCUGGAUUUCGAAUUAUCGCCCUCAACAGCAACCUCGGCUAUACUGCCAACUGGUGGCUGAUUUAUGACCUGAAGGACCAGGAUGGUCAACUGAAGUGGCUAGCUGAAACAUUACUUCAAGCUGAGAAAAACAGUGAGAAAGUUCACAUACUUAGCCACAUGCCCUCAGGAUAUAACACGUGUCUUAAGACUUGGAGCCGUGAAUUUCACAAAAUCAUCCACAGGUUUGAAGCCACCAUAACAGCUCAGUUCAAUGGUCAUACCCAUAAUGAUCACUUCUACAUUUAUUAUGCAACUGAUGAACCAACUCGUGCCAAUAACAUAGCAUUCAAUGGUGGAAGUGUAACCCCUUUCAGCGAUCUCAACCCUAACUACAAGUCCUACAAAAUGGACUCUGCCACUUAUAAUAUCCUAGAUAGUGAAACAUGGAUCUACAAUCUUACUAAAGCAAACAUGAAUGGCAAUGCAACUCCAACCUGGGUUAAAAUGUAUUCUUUCAAAGAAGCAUAUGGAGUGGAGUCUCUUUCCCCUACAUCCUUGGAUAAACUACUGCAAAACAUGGCUACCAACAGAAGCCUUCUAGAACAAUAUUCAAGGUACUACGUAAAAGAAGCUGACACAGCACUUGCAAAGGGCUGCGAUAGAGAAUGCCUAAAAAAAAAUCUCUGUGAAAUUGUCACAGCUCAGAUGGGAGAACCAACUCAGUGCAACAUAUUAUUGAAAAAAAUUCAAACAGCUGGUGAAAAUAAUUUUAACUUAGUAAGAUCAUGAGUACAUCAUAAGUAAAAUUCAUAUUGGGUGCCAAAUAGCCAUAUGGGAUAUCUGUACUACCAAUGGCCAAGUACUACUCCAAUACGUUGAACUUCUGGGUCCUAAUUAGAGAUGGAGCGGAUUCAUGACAUACAUCAUUUAGAUAACCAAACAUCAACAGUAUGAAAUAAUUAACUAGUAUCAGAUAUCUAAAUUAAAUAUGAGUUCAUCAGCUCAUGUACUUUAUAAUGUUAUCAUAACGUAGCAUAAAGACAACUGAAAUGUCAAUGAGAAAUUUUUAAAAAACAAACAUUGUGAAAAAUAUCUAACCUUAAUAAUUUGAAAAGUUCUGAAAACGAAGCAACAUUUAUACUAAGACUUGAUAGAAUAACACUGUGCAUUAUGUGGUACUCUUCAUCUAGAGCAAGCAUGUCCAACGCAUUGAUCGCAAUCGACCGGUCGAUUUUUGGUUCAUCUCAUAGGCCUAUAAGGAAAUUAUACGUGAAACACACGUAAAUUCACUUAUAAUAUAAUAUGAUUUAAUUCAGAUUUUGAAGGGAAAAUACAUAUUAGUGAUUCCUAGUUUUCUGUUCUUAUGUAGCUUACGUGAAAAUUGUUUUACACUUUUGUUAAGUGAACUGUGGGGAAGUCCCUACUCUAUCCUUCUCACGUGAACUCUUAUUUCAUCACUUAUCAUCAGCCAUGUGUGUUCUGAUGCAAGAGUGAUCGACAGAACGUGUGAUUCAGUUUGUUCCCUCCCUCCAGUCAACUGUGAAUCCCCGUACGUUGAACUAACGAGUGAGACUAUUAUUAUAUUAGCUGUUAGUGGAGAUUUGUCACUUUGCUGUGCAUUAAACAAAUAUAGUCUGGGGAUAGGCUCAGUGUAAUGAAAGGGACAGUAAGUGCUCUGCUCAUGUUAUUUUAUUAAUUUCGAAAGUGUCUGUGUGCAUGUGUCAGAUAAAACAGUUACCUCACUAUAGUGGAAAAUGCAACGCCUCAGUAUUCUUGCCAAAAAGGGUAAUCCAGAACGUCACUAUAAUGCUCUCCAUAGCAAUAAGUAGAUGCUGAUUUUCCACCCAAAAGUGAAAUUCAUAAACUUAAGCUCAAGGGACUUAAAUCGAAAUUAGCUGCUCAACAAUUGAUGGCAAAACCAAGGUCACUUUCUAAUAAUGCAACCAAAUCAUCCUUCAAGGUCAGCAACCUGAUCCUUAAAAAAUGCAAAUCUUUCACUGAAGGGGAAUUUGUAAAAGAGUGUUUUCUUGAAAUAGCUAAUAAUCUUUUUGAAGGAUUUAAAAAUAAAGAGAUCACAGGCACUAUUCAAGAUCUUCAAUUAUCAAAAGACACCAUUGUGCGGCGAAUAGAAGUGAUGUGUGGAAACAUAACUGAACAGUUGUUGAAAGACGUUCCCAAUUGUGUUGCUUUCUCCCUCCAACUGGAUGAAU